UUGCGAACCAAUUUAUUUAAACCAAUUGGAUAUAAAGAUAUUCAUUCCGAUGCUCCAAGAACUCCUCCUGAAUCAAAUACAGAAUGUCAAAGAUUUGAUUUUGUCAAUCCAACAAAACAGCAUCUAUGUAUAAAAGCCUAG